GGGUUUUCCUUGGUUGGGGACUCUCUUGGGACCUUCCCUCUCAUCCCUCUCUUCCUAUCCCAACCUUUCUCUUGCUCCUUCAAAUUCCUUGUGAGAUUCUUGAACUUUGAUUGAACUCUUGAGAUUGAGUUAAGUUCUCCUCCUACAGCUUACCCCCUACAGGCUGGAGGGAUGGGCACCUCCAGGCAUGAAGCCGCCAAGUGGUGAACGCGCACAAGGUGGCGCUGUGCAAGGCUCAGGUGCACAAGGAACAACACUGAGGGUGCUGUUGGCGAUAGCUGCACUCCUGGGAUGGAAGAUUCGGCAGAUGGAUAUUGUGACUGCCUUUCUGAAUGGGAUCAUUAUGGAGGAGGUGUACAUGAAGCUUGCUGGGAUGAGUGUGCAUUGAGUAUGCAUGCUUGAGAUGUGGUAUGGUCGAUGAUGGUUGGCAGCCAGAGGGGGAGAUUGUUGUGUGAUGUCAUCAUAUGCUAUCACAUUCUGUCUGCCUCCCAUCCCAUGUUUUUUCAACUUGCAUGUGUGGUUUGAAUGUGCAAGCAUUUGUGUGUGGGAGGGAAUCUUUGUGCUUAUGGGGUUUUCCUUGGUUGGGGACUCUCUUGGGACCUUCCCUCUCAUCCCUCUCUUCCUAUCCCAACCUUUCUCUUGCUCCUUCAAAUUCCUUGUGAGAUUCUUGAACUUUGAUUGAACUCUUGAGAUUGAGUUAAGUUCUCCUCCUACAGCUUAC